AAAAAGUCAUGUUUUUUGUUUGUUUUUCCCCGUUGUGUCAAAGUAUCAAAAUGGAUAUUGUGUUGAUACUUGGCUUUUGAACAUGUACUUUUUUUUUUUUUUUUUUUACUUUUAACUUGACUAAUGGCGCUUUAUGUUUGAGCGUCGACCGAGCGUUUCCGGAGAAUCCCGAACACAUUCGAAGACUUCCUCCCACCAUCCUCCCCUUCACGCCUAAUGUUGCCGUACCUCCAUCCCUCCCCCCGCAUCAGAGGAGUAGAAACAACAAGCCGCCAUUUUGUUUGUGCGGACUGACCGUCCGAGCGGAGGAGAUAACCGAGGGAAGGAGUGACUCUGGCGACCGGUGACAGCCGCUCUGACAACCGCCGGCUGGAAAACAACCUGGCCAAAUCCCGUCCGUGUUACACAGGGAGAAAAAGACGUCCCCGGGAAAGAGAAGGCGGCUGUGGCGAGGAAGCGGGAGUCGGUGAUAUAUAUAUUUAUAUAUGAGAAGGAAAUACUCUGAAAAAAUCCAAGGAAGGGGGUGUUUCGUGGAGCGAAGACGCGGAAGAGGGCUACAUAUCAUAACGCACGGGGGAAUUUGCGAAAAAACGGCUGCAGGAAAACAUGAAAAAUAAUAAUGCCUGCGUCGCGGAGGAAGGAAAGAGCCCACAUAGACAAUUAUAUAAAUAAAUUGCUGCCGGGCAGAAGGGAGAGGUGGAAAGAAAGACACAUUUAAAGAGAGGAGAAAUUGUUAGGAGCAACGCAAAAGCGGAGCAUUCUCCAUCACAAAGAGUCAAUGAGUUUUUUAAGCCCCAAGUAUUUCAUGAUCGUGAUAGCGACGAGGACCUUUUUGCUUCAGGAAUAGCGAUCAUUUACUUCAGCGAGUCAAUGUUUGUGACAUCUCCGCAGCUCUCCUCCGGCUUCAGUUUUUCCCCCAAAAUCUUUCUUGUAGUGGACAGGCAAAAACAUCACCGAGUGCAGUGAGUGGCAAUAUAGAUUUCUCCGGUUUUGCUUUCAAGCGUUUCUAACGAGAGUUAAACGAUGGGAGAUGCUCACCUCGAGCACAGAUAAGUGAUCGUGUGUAAAAAUCAAACGAGGCUAAUUGGAUCAAUCUGACUGGUCGCUCAUCGCCAAUUAGCACCUUAGUUACCCUCCGAACUGUGCUAGCCACGAAUAAAGUCUGGUUCAGAAUCGCUUGCACCGUUUGUGAUUUUUGCCAAGUUUCUUUUUGGUGUCGUUGCCCUCGCCCGCAUGCUGCAAUAGGCACGAUCGCGCCGAGGGGUUGCAAACCGGCAGAUGUGCAACAUGAGCCCGUUCUUGUGGACCCAGUGCCUUGCAUGAUUCAAACACUCAAGUGCACCGAUCAAUCUCACGCAUGACCAUUUUAGUUUUCUCUGAGCGGACACUAUUCUUAUACGUCCUUGUGCAGCAUUGUCUAAUUCCCCUUCUUCGGGAGCAGCACUCCAACCCAUUUCGCAACGCACCAGUUGAUUGCCUUUUGAGAAUUGGAAAUCUUGCCGCGAUGUAUGUCCAGCUGAGUCGAAUUGGAAACGCAACUGAGGAUUCACCCAGUGUUGCAUGAGGAAAAAGCUCGCUGGCAAAAGUGCUUAUCGGGAUUCCCGUUGGACUCCUCACCGGAGCGUUUCAAGCAGAACUACCGGAUUGCUCCGCCACCAUGGCGGAUAAGACUUAGCAAGCGACGGAGGAAGGAUCCUGGGACAAUUGUGCGCAGCCCAGGCUACGUGCGGUUGUCAGCGGACCGCACGCCGACUCCACCUUCCCACCUCCUUCUGUUCAAAUCUGCGAAGAAACAAACUAUCCGCCAGGGGAGGGGGGCUGAUCUCUGUACACAGGAAUAAACCGAGAAGGAGAGCGGUGGAACAAUUCAACAUAGCCGUUUUCUCCCCUCCCGUCCCCCAAGCGGUGGGGGGACGAUCGGAAGCAAUUCGGAUUAGAAAGCACAAAUAAGGGGAACACGAUUGCCCUUUGUGGAUCUCAAACUUUUUUUCCUUUUUUGAAUUUGUCAAAAAUAUGGCCGAUAAUGUCCUGGAGUCCGGCCCGCCUUCAGCCAAGAGGCCAAAGCUGUCCUCUCCAGCGCUCUCCGUGUCUGCAAGUGAUGGAAACGAUUUUGGUUCACUUUUUGACCUUGAGCACGACCUCCCGGACGAGCUCAUCAGCUCCUCGGACCUGGGUCUGACCAAUGGAGGAGACAUCAACCAACUCCAUACAAGUCUCGGAGGCAUUGGUUUGGGAAGCCAGGAUGCUGCUGCGAAACACAAACAGUUGUCCGAACUUUUGCGUACUGGUGGACCAUCCCAGCAGGGUGGCCCCACUUCCAACAGUGCCGGACCAGGGGCUCCCAUGGGCAUACUGGGAGGUGUCAGCAUCUCCCCCGGUGCACCUCAAGGCAUGCCCCCUCAAGGCCAACAGCAACAAACCGGACUAAUGCAGCAGGUUGGGAUGGUUGGAGGCUGGAUGGGUGCCCAGAGAGGCACCAAUGGACAGCAACAGCAAGGCUUGAUGGCGGGUCACGUGAUGAACGGCUCGUCAAGGAUGGCUUACCCUGGCGGUGCUGGCAUGGGUAACAACAGUAAUCUUCUAGCCGAAACACUACAGCAGCAGCAAGGUCAGCAAAUGGGGUCCGGGGGUCAGCCAGGGAUACGACCGCAGCAACCAGGAACACUGAACAAGAUGAAUAUGAUUGCCAAUGCGGGCCCCUAUGGUGGUCCCUAUGGUCCGUCUGCUGGCCAAGGGCUGCCUGGAGCAGGGCUGAGCCCACAACUCCAGAAUAAAGCCGGAAUGGCCAACAAUAUGGCCAGCCAGUUUAACAUGGAAAAGAAGGUGACAUCGGGUCAAGGCAUGCCUGGAAUGAUGCCUCAGCAGCAGCAACCUCCAGGCAUCGCCAGCGUAUCAGUCGGUGGAGCAGCAGCAGCAGCAGCAGCAGCGGUGGGAGCAGCUCAGGUUGGACUGGGUGCUGUAGGGGCUGGUCCCUGCACAGCGCCCCCUACAGCAGACCCGGAGAAGCGUAAGCUUAUUCAACAGCAGCUAGUCCUCUUGCUCCAUGCGCACAAGUGCCAGCGAAGGGAGCAAGCAAACGGGGAAGUGAGGCAGUGCAACCUGCCUCAUUGUCGCACCAUGAAGAACGUACUUAACCACAUGACUCAUUGCCAGGCUGGCAAGUCCUGCCAGGUGGCGCACUGUGCCUCAUCAAGACAGAUCAUCUCUCAUUGGAAGAAUUGCACGCGGCAGGACUGUCCCGUGUGCCUGCCUUUGAAAAACGCUGGAGACAAGAGAAACCAGCAGUCUCUUGUCAGUAGUGCAGGACUCGGUUUGGUGAACUCUUUAGGUUCAGGAGUAGCGGGUGGGCAGUCCAAUAGCCCAAACUUGACCCCGCCCAAUCAGAUCGACCCCAGCUCUAUAGAGAGGGCCUACGCUGCUCUUGGUCUUACCUAUCAGGGCAACCAGAUGCAACCACAGUCAUCCCAACCCCAGACCAACUUGCCAAACCAGGGGAUACAAGGGCAACCCGGGUUGCGCAAUCUGAAUGUCAUGGGAGGAAACUCAAUGGGAGUGAAUGGUGGAGUGCAGACCCCAAACCACCAAGCGCCCCUGCUGCCAGACGCCAUGUUGCAAAACAGUUUAAAUGCGCAGAGUUUAAUGAAUGAUGGCGUGGGGAACCUUGGAUCCAUGCCUACUGCGGCUCCUCCUUCUGCAGCCAUGAGGAAGUCUUGGCAUGAAGACAUCACGCAAGACCUGCGUAACCACCUUGUACACAAACUCGUACAAGCCAUCUUUCCUACUCCUGACCCAGCUGCUCUGAAGGACCGGCGGAUGGAAAAUUUGGUGGCGUAUGCUCGGAAAGUAGAGGGGGACAUGUACGAGUCGGCCAACAGUAGGGCGGAGUACUACCACCUCCUGGCAGAGAAGAUCUACAAGAUCCAAAAGGAGCUUGAGGAAAAGAGGAGGACACGUCUCCAAAAGCAGGCAAUGAUGCCGGGGCAACCUAGCUUGGCCUCCUCAGGCUUCCCACAGGGGCCUCUCAGCCUGGGCCAGCCCCCCAUGCCCCCUGGGCAACCUCCAAAUGGUCCUCACGCCGAUCCAUCCAUGAUUCGACCAGGAGGACCGAAUCAGGUGGCGAACAGGAUGCAGAACCCAGCAGGAAUGAACCAAUUUGGUCAGCUGGGGAUGCAGUCCAUGGGUCAAAGGUCGACACCGCCGCUUACACUCAGUUCUCCGAUGAACCAGAUGGGUAUGGGAUCCACAAGGAUGGGUCAACCAAAUGCCACGCAGUUACAGAACCAGUACCUCCCACCAGGCCAAUUUCCCGGCUCCAGUCCUAGUCUUGGUUCUGGUCCUGUUGGUGUGAACCAGCCAGGAUCGCAAACUGCUGUGCCGCUGAACCAGAUGUCAACCCCGCCGUCGCUACCAGCCGGCAGCCCUUCAGCUCAGUCUGCUACCCCUGCCCCGGUCUCUGCACCCUCUGGCGGCUCCAUGGGGGGGGCCGCCAAUGUCUGUGGUGCAGGACCUCUGCCCAACAUGCCUCCGUCCUCCACGUCAAAUCAGCCCAACGCAUUUCCUCACUGCCCACCCAUCCGUACAAAUUCCCCAUCACCAGCGCGCAGCUUAACGCCUCAACCUCAUCAGACGACGCCCACGUUACCUCGUUCUCAGACGCCGCAGCCGCAGACCCCGAGUACGCCCCAGCUGCCCCCUCAGAAUCAACAGCAAGCGACUCAGCAAGGGCAGGUGGGGGGCUCUGAGAAGGUUCAUCAGCUUCCACAGCAGACGCUUGGGGGGGCUACUACCUCAGGCCCCCAGGCAGCUCAGGCUUCUUCGGUGCCUACCCAGAAUGCACAUGUGCCACUACAGCUGCCGCCAACGCCACUGUCCCCGAAGCUCCCCGUAACAACGGACGGUCAGGUGUCUUCACCAGCCUCGGUCAGCAGCAGUGCUGAUCCAAGUUCCCAGCUUGCCCACCAGGACGGUCCCACUCCCAUCCAAGAGGAUAUCAAAAUGGAAGUGAAGAAGCAGGAGGAAGAAGAGGAAGAAUCAGAUGAAACCCAAGGAGAGGGCAAGUCUCUGGGCAAGACGGGCAAAGUUGAGCCUGACGAGAAAGCGGAGGAGAAGCAUGAGAUAAAGAAGGAGAAUUUAUCAGAAAAUGGGUGUGAAGCGGAGGCCAUGGAUACAUCUUCAUCCUCUGCAUCUUCCUCAGUGAAAACUGGGGAAGACAAAAAGCCAGAAGUGAAAAAAGAGCCCAAAGAGCAAGACGAGGCAUCUGCAGGCUCCCCAGCCAACACUCAGAGCAAGAAGAAAAUCUUUAAGCCAGAGGAGCUCCGUCAGGCUCUGAUGCCCACCCUGGAGGCUUUGUACCGGCAGGACCCCGAGUCCCUCCCCUUCCGUCAGCCGGUGGACCCCCAGUUACUGGGAAUACCCGACUACUUUGACAUCGUGAAGAACCCCAUGGACCUGUCUACAGUCAAGCGGAAACUGGACACGGGGCAGUACCAAGAGCCGUGGCAGUAUGUGGAGGAUAUCUGGCUGAUGUUCAACAACGCCUGGUUGUACAACCGCAAGACAUCCCGAGUGUACAAGUACUGCUCCAAGCUGGCCGAGGUCUUUGAGACUGAGAUCGAUCCUGUCAUGCAGGGUCUCGGAUAUUGCUGUGGAAGGAAGUUUGAGUUUUCCCCCCAAACUCUUUGCUGCUAUGGAAAACAAUUAUGCACCAUCCAACGUGAUGCUGCUUAUUUUAGCUACCAGAACAGUUCACCAAAAUAUGGGCUUCUUGCUGACAGGUACCACUUCUGUGAGAAGUGUUUCAACGAAAUCCAGGGCGAGAGCGUCUCCCUGGGCGAUGACCCUUCCCAGCCUCAAACGUCCAUCAACAAAGACCAAUUCCAGAGAAAAAAGAACGACACUCUUGAUCCUGAGUUGCUUGUGGAAUGUGGCGACUGCGGUCGUAAAAUGCACCAGAUCUGUGUUCUGCAUCAUGAAACCAUUUGGCCCUCAGGCUUUGUCUGUGACAACUGUCUGAAGAUGGCCAAUAAGACACGGAAAGAGAACAAAUAUGCAGCUAAAAGGCUUCCUCAGACCAAGCUGGGGAGCUUUCUGGAGUCGCGAGUGAACGAUUACAUCAAACGACAGAAUUACAUCGAGGCUGGCGAGGUCACCAUUCGAGUGGUCCAUGUCUCCGACAAGGUGGUUGAGGUCAAACCGGGCAUGAAGUCCAGGUUUGUGGACAGUGGAGAAAUGUCCGAGUCCUUCCCAUACCGGAUGAAAGCCUUAUUUGCAUUUGAGGACAUUGACGGAGCAGAUGUGUGUUUUUUUGGAAUGCACGUUCAAGAGUACGGCUCUGACUGCCCGCCCCCCAAUCAGAGACGGGUGUAUAUCUCGUACCUGGACAGCGUUCACUUCUUCAAACCUCGACAUCUCAGGACCCAUGUCUAUCAUGAAAUCUUGCUUGGGUACCUGGAAUAUGCAAAGAGGCUCGGGUACACAACAGGUCAUAUCUGGGCGUGUCCUCCAAGUGAGGGCGACGAUUACAUUUUCCAUUGCCACCCGCCGGACCAGAAGAUCCCCAAGCCCAAAAGGCUACAAGAGUGGUACAAGAGGAUGCUGGACAAGGCGGUGUCUGAGCGCAUAGUCCAUGAUUACAAGGAUAUCUUCAAACAGGCCACAGAGGACCGCCUGACCAGCGCGAAGGAGCUUCCGUACUUUGAGGGAGACUUCUGGCCCAACGUCCUGGAGGAGAGCAUCAAGGAGCUGGAGCAGGAAGAGGAGGAGAGGAAGAGGGAGGAAAACAGUACCUGCAACGAGAGUACUGAUGCCACGAAAGGAGACAGCAAAAAUGCCAAAAAGAAGAACAAUAAAAAGACGAGCAAGAACAAGAGCAGCAUGAGCCGAUCCAACAAGAAGAAGCCGGGAAUGCCCAACGUGUCCAAUGACUUGUCAAAACUCUAUGCCACCAUGGAGAAACAUAAGGAGGUCUUCUUUGUCAUCCGGCUCAUCGCUGGCCCUACUGCCAACUCACUGCCCCCCAUCAGUGACCCUGACUCCCUGAUGGCCUGUGACCUGAUGGAUGGCCGUGACGCCUUCCUAACGUUGGCCAGGGACAAGCAUCUGGAGUUCAGCUCUCUCAGGCGCUCCAUGUGGAGUUCCAUGUGUAUGUUGGUGGAGCUCCAUAACCAGAGCCAGGACCGGUUUGUCUACACUUGCAAUGAGUGUAAACACCAUGUGGAAACGCGCUUCCAUUGCACUGUAUGCGAGGACUAUGACUUGUGCAUCACCUGCUAUAACACUAAAGGCCACGAGCACAAAAUGGACAAGUUGGGACUUGGGCUGGAUGACGACAGCAACAACCAAGCGGCGGCGUCCACCCAGAGUCCAGGAGACUCUCGCCGUCUGAGCAUCCAGCGGUGCAUCCAAUCGUGGCCACACGCGUGCCAGUGCCGCAACGCCAACUGCUCGCUGCCGUCGUGCCAGAAGAUGAAGCGUGUUGUUCAGCACACCAAAAGCUGCAAGCGCAAGACCAACGGCGGCUGUCCCAUUUGCAAGCAGCUCAUUGCUUUGUGCUGCUACCAUGCCAAACACUGCCAGGAGAACAAAUGUCCCGUUCCCUUCUGCCUCAACAUAAAGCAAAAGCUCCGACAGCAGCAACUCCAGCACCGGCUGCAACAGGCGCAGAUGUUAAGACGGAGGAUGGCCAGCAUGCAGAGGGUGGGACAAGCCGCUGGGGCUCAACCGGGAGGGCCCGUUAUGGACUGCCGUCACCGGGCACAAAUGGCAUCACCUGCGCCCAGCACGCCGACAUCUGUGGGGACUCAACCUCCAACUCCUCAGACGCCGACUCAGACCAUGCCCACCGCCCCGCAACAAGGAUUGGGUCCAGGCCCCGGAGGUCAGCAAGUUCCUCAACCGAGUGGCAUGCCUCUGCAGCAGCAACAGCUUCACCACCAGUUUCAGCAGAUGCCAGGUGGAGGCAAUGGGGGCAUAAUGAGCUCCCCUCAACAUCAGCACCAAGCUCAUCAGCAGGUCCAGCAGCAGCAGCAAGGUGGAGGAGGAAGCAACCAUCAGGAACUCCACCAGCACUCCAACAACAUGCCUGUGUUUGCUAGCAGGGCCCCAGGUUCUUCUCCACUCCAUCAUUCCCAAGGGAAACGUCUGGGAUCUGCGACACCGCCUCGGCAACAACCCGGUUGCCCCGUCAUGGUCGGGAAUGUCGGGGCUCAACCUCUCAAUCAGCUCCAAGGCCAGCCCGCUCUUCCACAGCAACAGCAGCAGCCUUCCGGCCCUCCGCCGGCCGCGGUCGAGAUCGCAUUGAAGAUCCAGAGGGUCGCCGACGCCCAGAGGAAAAUGGCUCUGCAGAGACAAGCGGCCGCGGGCCUGAUGCCUCCUCACCCCCACCAUCAACAGGCCCAAGGGCAACAGAUGGCUGUGGGACACCCAGGGCCUGGAGGGGCGGUAGGACCCCAGGUCAUGCCACCUCAAAGCCAAGCCGCAAUGCAGUCGGCUCGAGCCCACAUGGAGCAGCAGCAGCAGCAGCAGCAGCAGCAGAGCGCUUCGGCUGGGAUGAUGGUUGGCACCGGUGGGCCAUGCUACCAUCAGCAGCAACAGCAAGGCAACGUUCCGCAGGGCCAGAUCUCAGCUCAGGUUCAACUUCAGCAGCAGAGGAUGGGCACUCCACUUCAAAACCCACAGCAGCAACAACAAUGGACAGGCCAGGGGAUGCCACCCCAGCAGAGGCAGGCUCUGAUGAACCAGAUGGGGCAUCAGGUUUUGAUGGUAGCGCAGCAGCAGCAGCAACAACAACAAUUGCAGCACCAUACUGCCAUGAUGAAUAUGACGCAACAACAGCAGCAGCAGACGCAGCAGCAAGGUGCCGCUGGAGCGAUGCUCGCAGGAGCUGGGCCAGGAGCUGUCGGGGUCCCAGGAGCUGGCGCGGGUGGCAACAUCACCCAGGCCGCCCUGCAGGAUCUUUUACGCACUCUCCGCUCGCCCAGCUCGCCACUCCAGCAGCAACAAGUCCUCAACAUCCUGCGCUCCAACCCUCAACUCAUGGCUGCUUUUAUCAAACAGAGGGCCUCGAAGUACAAGGGCCCGGGAGGUCCCGGACCUACCGGGGGUCCUGUCGCUAAUGUGAUGGCGGGAGGGGGGCCGCAGGCGAACAUGAAUGCGACUGGCCAAUCGGCGAUGCAUAUGGGGGGCCAAGGAGGGGCCAAUAUGGCUACUAUGGCUCAGCUACAGCAGCAGCAGCAGAUGCAACAGCAGCAACAGCAAAUUCAACAACAACAGCAAAUUCAACAACAGCAGCAAAUUCAACAACAGCAGCAAAUUCAACAACAACAACAGCAAAUUCAACAACAACAGCAAAUUCAACAACAGCAGCAGCAGCAGCAGCAGAGACCAGUCCUUGGUGGUCUGCAGCAGCAGCAAGUUGCAGCUCUCCAGCAGCAACAAGCCGGCGGAAGAGGUCUGCAGGGCCAGGGGCCACAAAUGGCCAAUCUGAACAAUCCCCAAUUUCGAGAGCUGCUCAUGAGGAGACAUCUUCAACAACAACAACUGCAGCAGCAGCAGCAGCAGCAGCAACAACAACAGCAGCAACAACAACAACAGCAGCAGCAGCAGCAACCGCAUCAACAUCAACAGCAGAUGGGGCUCAAUCACGCUCAGUUUCAGCAGCCCCAGCCCCCACCGGGCCAGGGUUACAUGGGCCAGCCUGGGAUGCAGCCCCCAGUGGGACAGGGCCCCUCGGGAGGUCCUCAGCAGCCCGGGGGUCCCCCUAGCCAGCAGAGUCCGGGGUACCCCAGCUCGGCCCAGCAACAAGUCGCGGCUGCGCUGCAGCAGCGGCUACAGCACCACCACCUCCAGCUACAGCAGCAGAACGCCGUGACGGGCUUGCCCGGUGGCGAUUCGGGGCCCGGUGGCGGCGUGGGACCCCCGCAGCCGCCCCAGGGUCCUCAGACGGCUCAAAACGGCCCCUCGCCCUCUCAGGCCCUCCUUCAGCAGGCCCUCCACCAGAGGCUGCUGCAACAACAGCAGCAACAUCUCGGCACCGGGGGCUCGCCGGCGCAGCACAGCAAUCCCAUGAGCCCCCAGCAGCCCCCCCAGAUGGCCCAGUCCCCCCACCCUCACCUGCAGGGUCAGACGCUGGCCAACCAGGUGCGCUCUCCCCAGCCGUCACCCAGACCCCAGUCGCAGCCACCGCACUCCAGCCCAUCGCCGCGCAUGCAGCCGCAGCCGUCCCCUCAUCACAUAUCACCCCAGAUGCAGACGGGCUCCCCCCACCCGGCCCACCUGAACCAGCACCACCCAGGCAUGGUGGUCCCCCAGCAGCAGCCUUCGUCCCAGCAGCAGCAGCAGCAGCAGCAACAGAACUCUAUGGAACAAUUUGGCUCGGAGCAGAGUGCCAUGUUAUCUCAGCUGAGUGGGAUGGCGGCUCUACAUGGGCAGGGGGGCAACAGUCAGGACCCACUGGGCCAGAACAUCAAUCACAACCCUUUAGACAUCAUGUAGGAAUUCUACUUGUGUCAUGUCGAGCUUUGGAAAAGAAAAACAAAGCUCUGAUCCUUCGCACAAACUGCACUCAUCCAGGACAGUGUUAUCUAUCUUUUUUUUUUUUUUUUUUUUUUACUUAGCCUUUCUUUUUUUUUUAUAUACGUAUAAUUAAAUGUUAUUUAAAACGUUUUCAAUACAGAUGCAUUGAGCUGAACUUCCUAUGGGAGAUGAACAAUAAAUCAAGCAGUCAUUAAAUAAAUUAGAGUAAAUGAAUUGUAAGUUAUUGCUGUUUAAUAUAUUUUUUGCCAAUUGUGGAUAAAGGGGGGGGCGGAUGUGUCGCACCCCCGCGUCUUGCAGAAUACAGUGCGUGAAAGGUAAUAUUUUUGGAGGGUUAAGGGGGAAAUGCCUUUUUAAGAAAUGUUUUUAAGUAUUCAAGAAUUAGAGGAAGUGAAAUAAUGCAAAUAAUCUUUUUUUUGUUUUUUAAUUAUUGGAUUGUUUACCACCAUUCAGUCUGUUUAUUUUGCAGAGUGAAAUUUGUAUUAUUUUUAUUAUUAUUAUUCAUGUCAAUCCAAACAUGAUGCAUAUCUUCUUUUUUUUUAAUGUUUGGCUUUGCUUUAUUUAUUGUCUUCUUUUGUGGUGGGGGCGUGAUGUACCUUGAGACUGCGCCGCAUUUCCUAUAGAAAUCUAUUUUUGUUAUUGAAGGGGGUUAGCGGAUAUUUUUUUUGUUUUCACUUUUCAUGUAUUUAGUUGUAUGUGCGCAAAAAAUUCAGAUGUCAGUGUUUUCUUGCAGUUUGUCAACAGUCUGCUGCUGUGAGUUUGACAAGUCGAGAGGACACGUUGUAACGGACAUCCGCCAUGCUGGAAGGGAACGUUCCCUCGCAAACAUGCAGGCCCUCUCCCUCGAAUGUGUGUGCACUCCUUCCUUAAAAGACACUCAUCGUGGAGCGUGGGAGACUUGGGGAGGGGGGCUGCAUACCUGUGUGCCUGUAAUCUAUCGAGUACAUCGGCUGGGAUGCGAAACGUGAGCGUGAUGGGCUCUUUGUAUUUUUUUCUUUUUUUUUUGUAUUGUUUAUUACAAUUCUCCAGUUGGAGUCAAAAGGAGAAUAUCGAUCCAAAUGAACUGCGUUGCACAGAAAAGAGGAGAAUGCAGGAGAUAUGAACAGUCAUUCUCCAUCUUUCUGCCUCAUCCCAGUUGCUGCUUCCCUUGGACUCCCCCCCCCCCCCUCUCCUCCCCCUCCCUUUCCCCAAUUGCCUCUGCCAGGGGGAGAGUUGCUCUUUCCCAAAGUCCAUCCUCUAUCUUUCUGCUAAGAACUUUGGGAGUUUAUUUAAUAUUUUUUACUGUACAAAGGAAAAACUGUGGACUCAAAUACUGUUUUUAUAAUAAAAUGAAAAUGAACAUUAGUGA